CAAUUAGGCAAACCUACGAAACAGUUUAUUUUCGGGCCUCAAUAAUGUCAAAAUUUUAGCCACAACAAUUUCUUAGACUAGACAAAAUUUUAUUAUUUUAGUUUUUUGCGGCAUCAAAAUUUAGAUAAGGCCUACAGCAUGUCUUUUAAUAGGUUCACAUCCAUUUAUGUUCGUAAGUCCGUUUUGAGAAGCAUUUUUCUGCUUACGGGCUAUUUGGACCGAAUGCGCUUGCCGAGGACUUCCAUAAAAUACAUGCAACGAGUGUCCUUUUGUAAAAACUCUGAUUCUUCGGAUUCCUCUGAAGACAAGCCAAAUCCUUGUGAAUACUACACUAAAUUAAUGGAUAAAAAGAGAGAAGAAAAGGAGAAGCAAGAAGCGGCCUGCAAGAAACUGAAAGAAAAAGAAAAACUUAAGAAAUAUGAGGAAAAAUGUAUGAAAAGUCAACAGAAACUUCUAGAUGACGCAAUGCAAUGCAUGGACAAGAAGGAAAAAAAAUUAAUGGAAAGCAUGAUGGAAUGUUUGACACGAGGUAUGAAGAGGGCGUGUAAAAAACUAGCCCAUAAGAAGCUUUCUAAUGAUAUAGAACUUGAGAAAAAAUGUGCAAUGAUGGCUAAAAGUGAUAAGAUCAAAAGGUUAUUGAGGCAUUGCGAGAAAAAAAAGUCUCAUGAGGAAAAGGACUCAAAAAAAUCGUCUAAGGAAUCAAAGAAGCCUAAAUCAAAAAAAGGGAAAAAGGGAUGUAAGGAAGGUAAAGGAAGCCAGAAAGGGAAAGACCAAAGCCAGCAAAAAGAAACAUCAAAAAAGAAGUCAAAAACGGAGAAGGUUAAAGAAAAAGUAAAGGAUCAAAUAAGUAAGGAAAAGUCUAAAAAACAAAAUGUAGGUGACGAAUUAGAACGAAGCGAUCCAAUAGAAUCUAUAUGCUGUAAAUUGGCAAAUAAGGAGAAUCCGUUUGAAAAAUCCGAUGCGCCUAAAAAUCAAUUCACGUUGAAAUUGGAGAAAUGUAUUCAAAAAGAAUGGGAAGAUAUCUGUCAGUGUCGGGAUGCGCUAAGCAAGAGUGAAAAGAUGCAACUAGCCCGUUCUCACAAAUGCAUGUCGGAGCUUGUUAAAGAGAAAUGCAAAAGGAAAGUGUUGACAGAAAUGUGCUCGGAAAUUGUGCCAGUCAAGCCCAAAAACAGAAAGGACGUACAUUCAAAGCAAAAGAGUAAUGAAUCGGAUGGAACGCUUGUUGAAGACGAUAUAUGUGCAAAGAUUGAACAACGGAAGGCGCUAGAAGAGGAGGCAAUGAAAUCAAAAACCGAGGAGGAUGAUUUUAUUAAGUGCGAAAUCGAAAAAGUUAAGAAAAAGUGCAUGGAAGAGGCUCUUCAGAAACAGUGUGAAGAGGAGGCCCUUAGGAAAAAAUGUGAGGAGGAGGCUUUCAGCAAAAAGUGUGAAGAAAUGGCUAAACAGCAAAAGCAAGAAGAGGAGGCCCAAAAGAAGAAGCAAGAAGAGCAGGCCCAGAAGGAGCAAGAGGAGGCCCAAAAGAAAAAAUGCGAGGAGGAGGCUCUAAAGAAAAUGUGUGAAGCGGAAGCGUUGAAGAGAAAGUGCGAAGGAGAGAAAGAAAAACAAGAGAAGGAAGCUCUCAAGGCAAAGUGCGAAGAGGCUGCUCUCAGAAAAAAAUGCGCAAUGAAGAAAGUACGAGACGAGGCUAUAAAAGCAAAGCAGCAGGAGGAAGCUGAAAAGAAAAAAAGCGAAGAGGAAGCUCUUAAGAAACAGUGCGAAGAGGCGGCUCUUAGAAAAAAAUGCGCUUUGAAGAAAAUACGAGACGAAGCUUUACAGAAACAACUAGAGGCCCAACAGAAAAAGGCAGAAGAAGAUGCUCUGCGAAAAAGGUGCCAAAUGAAAAAAUUUCAAGAGGCCGCUGAAAAAAAGAAACAAGAAGAGGAGGCUCAAAAAAAAAAGUGCGAAGAGGAAGCUCUAAAGAAAGAGGAAGAGGCUCUAAAAAAGAAAUGCGAAGAGGAAGCUCAACAGAAAAAGUGCCAAGAACUUAAGAAAAAGGCGGAAGAGGACGCUCUCAGGAAAAGGUGCCAAAUGAAAAAAAUGAAAGACGCCGCUGAUAAAAAGAAACAAGAAGAGGAGGCUCAAAGAAAAAAAUGCGAAAUGGAAGCUAUAAAAAAAAAAGAAGAGGCUCUAAAAAAGAAGUGCGAAGAGGAAGCUCAGCAGAAAAAGUGCCAAGAACUUAAGAAAAAGGCGGAAGAGGACGCUCUUAGGAAAAGGUGCGAAAUGAAGAAAAUUAAAGACGCCGCUGAAAAGAAGAAACAAGAAGAGGAGGCACAAAAGAAAAAGUGCGAAGAGGAAGCUCUUAAGAAAAAGGAAGAGGCUCUAAAAAAGAAGUGCGAAGAGGAAGCUCAACAGAAAAAGUGCCAAGAACUUAAGAAAAAGGCGGAAGAGGACGCUCUCAGGAAAAGGUGCGAAAUGAAGAAAAUUAAAGACGCCGCUGAAAAGAAGAAACAAGAAGAGGAGGCACAAAAGAAAAAGUGCGAAGAGGAAGCUAUAAAGAAAAAGGAAGAGGCUCUAAAAAAGAAAUGCGAAGAGGAAGCUCAACAGAAAAAGUGCCAAGAACUUAAGAAAAAGGCGGAAGAGGACGCUCUCAGGAAAAGGUGCGAAAUGAAGAAAAUUAAAGACGCCGCUGAAAAGAAGAAACAAGAAGAGGAGGCGCAAAAGAAAAAGUGCGAAGAGGAAGCUAUAAAGAAAAAGGAAGAGGCUCUAAAAAAGAAAUGCGAAAAGGAAGAUCUAAAGAAAAAGGAAGAGGCUUUAAAACAGAAAUGUGAAGAGGAAGCUUUGGAGAAACAGUGCCGAGAACUCAAAAAAAAGGUGGAAGAGAUGGUUCUCAAGGAAGCGUGCGCAACGAAAAAAACGCAAGACACCGCAGGGAAAAAGCAAGGCGAUGCUCAAACGAAAAAGGAAUUAAAGGCUCUAAGAGAAAAGUGCGAACAGGAAGCUUUGGAGAAAAAGUGCCAAGAACUCAAGAAAAAGAUAGAAGAGUUGGCUCUCAAGGAAGCGUGCGCAACGAAAAAAACGCAAGACACCGCUGGGAAAAAGCAAGGCGAUGCUCAAACGAAAAAGGAAUUAAAGGCUCUAAGAGAAAAGUGCGAACAGGAAGCUUUGGAGAAAAAGUGCCAAGAACUCAAGAAAAAGAUGGAAGAGUUGGCUCUCAAGGAAGAGUGCGCAAUGAAAAAAACGCAAGACAAUCCUGGGAAAAAGCAAAAAGAUGCUCAAACUAAAAACGAAUACGAGGCUCUAAAAGAAAAAUGCGAAGCGGAAGCUUUACAGAAAAAGUGCCAAGAACUCAAGGAAAAGGUGGAAGAGAUGGCUCUCAGGAAAAGGUGUGAAUUGAAAAAAAUGCAAGACGCCGCUGAAAAGAAGAAACAAGAAGAGGAGGCUCAAAAGAAAAAGUGCGAAGCAGACGCACCGAAUACUAAAAAUAAAGAAGCCGAGCCUCUAAACAAGUGCCAGAAUGCGGUUCAGAAGAAGAGCGAGGCAGAGACUCAGAAUGGAAAUACUACUUCGUUUCGCUCAGUUCUUUACAAAACACUAAAGAAACAAGAAUUUCAGCCCGGUAAUAAGGUGUCUGUCAUUGGUGCUGGAGCCGUUGGCAUGGGUUGUGCAAUUGCCUUGCUUGCCAAGGGUGUCACCAAUAACAUAGCUCUCUACGACUUGAAGAAGGACUUGUGCGCUGCAGAGUGCAUGGACCUGGAACAUGGAUCACUUUUCCUUAAUAACUGUAAUAUUGACCACUGCACCAGCGUGGAGUGCACCAAAGAUUCGAGAGUUGUAGUGGUCACAGCUGGAGUACGCUGUAAGCCAAACGAGUCGCGCAUGAAAAUGGCCAAAAAAUCAGCGGGUAUUAUUAAAAAGAUUGUUCCUGAGCUGGUUAAGCAUAGCCCCAAAGGAGUCUUCAUCAUUGUGUCAAACCCGGCGGAUGUGAUGGCCUGGGUAGCCCGUAAAGUAACCAAGCUGCCCUAUGAGCGCUGCUUUAGUCCUGGUUGUCACUUGGAUACCGCCCGAUUCCGCAUGUUUAUUGCGCAGCUGGUGCGAGUGUCAACGCGUUCGGUGCAUGGAUUCGUGUUGGGGGAGCAUGGAGAUAGCUCUGUGCCAUUGUGGUCCUCCGUGACCGUGGGAGGUACCCGACUGCAGAAUAUGCUUCCUACCAUUGGCACCGAUAAGGAUCCGAUGCGCUGGUCGAAUGUGCAUGAGAGCGUGGUGGAUUCAGCCUUCAAAGUAAUUGCGGGUAAGGGUUAUACUAACUGGGCCAUCGGCCUCACCGUUACAGACGUUGUGUCUGCCAUUUUUGAAAACAGCAAUCGCAUCAUGUCAUUGUCAACUAAUGCCCAGGGCAUGUGUGGAAUCGACGAUGAAGUCUUUCUAUCUCUGCCAUGUAUUGUCAACCAGUGUGGACUGUAUGGUGUAAUACAUCCUCAGCUUUCAGAUUGGGAGGAAAGAAGGCUCAAAAGGUCCGCAGACGUAUUGAUCGACGCACAGAAAACUUUAUAAACUGUAGCACAACAAAACGAACCAAGCUUUCAGUUAAGUUUAGUAUCCUAAAUAAAUAUAUAGUUUGCUUGGUUUUGGCACUGCGUUAUUCCUGCUGCCCAAAAAACCCCUUUAAAA